GUAGAAAAAUCGAUGGUCUCCGUUCUUGUGGUGAGCUUAGCCGUCGUUCUCCACGUCCGAACUCUCUGCAUCUGUAAAAUUUCUUCAUUUCUUCACCUCUGGAAAUCGCAAUAAUGGCGUCCGAUAAGAACAAUAACGAAGCAGAUCAUUUGGUGGAGCUUAUCGUCCGGGAUGAGUCUCCGUCAAUCCCCGACGUGGUUUCGAUCUUGGAGGAGGAUGCUCCUCUGUUGACCCAAAUUGAAAAGCCCAAGAUCAACAUCUUCACCAUCUCUUAUCCUCGAAGGAAACCUUUGGAUCAGGUGAAGAAAAUCCAUGAUAGCGAGGUAUCUUCAUUAACCCAAUCAAUUAUUUGGAUUUGGGGUGGAUCAAGAUACUCGGGUUUACUCUGUGCUUCUCUAUCCUCCAUCUUCUACUUCACCAUGGAAAUUCUGAUGGGUUUUUUUUCUGCUCAACCUAUACCAAUUCUUGAAAUGACUUUUACAAGAUGCACAAUUAUUACAUUACUAUCGUAUUCGUGGUUGAGGAGGAGCGAGCAACCAAUAUUUGGACUGACACAUGUUAGGAAGCUUUUGAUUUCUCGUGCCUUAGCAGGACUUCUCUCGAUGAUGAGUUUUAUUUACAGCAUUCAAAGGUUGCCUUCGUCUCAGGCAGUUGUAAUUAGCUUUACUACUCCCUUACUGGCUUCAGUUGUGGCAAGAAUUAUUCUGCAGGAGAAGUUAAAAAUUUCUGACUUCGGCGGUCUUGCUUGCAGUUUUUUUGGUGUUCUACUAAUUUUCCAAGAUCUAUUUACUAGUCCAGGUACCGAAGCAGGGUUAACUAAUGCUGGGAAGGGAAGCAUAACACCGCCCCUGCGAAGUCACCAUGCAUAUGCAGUAUUAAUUGGUUUUGUUGGAUCUAUAGCUGGUGGAAUUAGUCACUGCCUUAUUAGAGCCAGUGCAAAAGCAUCUGAUCAACCAGUUGCUACAGUUUUCUCUUUCGGCAUGCUGGCUUGUCCUGUCACUGCAAUGUGUGCAAUGUUCUUUGAGGAUCUGGUAAUGCCAAGUCUAUAUUCAAUUUUCAUGAUGCUAGUGCUUGGUCUGCUUGCCUUCUUGGCCGAGGUCUGUUGGGCUCGGGGACUUCAACUUGAGAAAACCAGCAAAGUAGCCAACCUUCGGUAUAUGGAGGCUUCACUGGUGCAAUUGUGGCAUAUUGGAGUAUUAGGAGUGGCUCCGUUUGGUCCAAUAGUUGGAGUUCUAAUUAUUUUGAUCUCUACGUGUUGGACUUUAUAUGUUGGUCCCGAUAGAGAAACUGAGUAAUAUGUACUCGGCAAAGAACGAAUGUCUUCACUUUUUUUUUUGUAGUGUGUUAUUGAUUACCUUCCAUUGUUAACAUUUUUCAUUUUAUCAUUUAUAAAAGUGUAUUAUUGAUCUCUAA